AUGACUUUAGAAGAAUUGUCUAAAAUAGAAGACGAGGAAUUCAGUACUGGUCCACUCUCAGUUCUCACACAGUCGGUGAAAAACAAUACACAAGUGCUGAUUAACUGUCGUAAUAACAAAAAACUUUUAGGACGCGUGAAAGCGUUUGACCGGCAUUGUAACAUGGUGUUGGAAAACGUUAAAGAAAUGUGGACGGAAGUACCUCGUACUGGUAAAGGAAAAAAGGGUAAAGCAGUGAAUAAAGACAAAUUUAUCUCCAAAAUGUUCCUUCGUGGUGAUUCCGUGAUUUUAGUAUUAAGAAACCCCCUUGCUACAGCUGCAGGGAAGUAA